UUUUCAUUCCUCUAUGCCUCUCUGAUCUCGCAUUGUACUUGGCAUUUCUUUUGUCGUUUUAAAUCUGUUUUUAUUUCAUCCCUUGCCCUGAUGGAUAAAAUAUUUGCUGCACUCAGUGUAGGCUCAUCCCUUCAAAAGAAAACCCGCUCUGAGUCUGCCCAGAAAAAAUUUCAUUCUAAUUCACCAAAUGAAAACCAGCAACAGGGAUCUUCCUCAGCUCAAAAUAUCUCCCUGUCGGGUGACCAAACGAGCGACAUAAAAAAGGGCAGCGCCCUGACUCAGCCACCUGCUUACAAUAUAAGAAUUAUGAAUUUUGACCCUUCUAUCUACGAAGAUUUAUCCAUGCCUUCUCAUAGUGAGGAUCAGAAAGCAAACCACAACUCAGACAGUCUGGUAAAAUUACUUAGUCAAAAAGGGAAAGUUCAAGUCAAAAUUGAUUCUUUCGAAACCUUCGGCUUACUUCCAUGGCUAAUCAGGAACAUUUGUCAAGAAAUGACCUGGUCGUCGCCUACCUCCAUACAACAGGUCACUAUUCCUGUCCUUCUACAUCAGCGUGAUGUUCUUGUGACGUCGCCGACUGGAUCUGGGAAGACAGCCGCGUUUUUACUACCCGCCUUACAAUUGGCCUUUCAAUAUCUCCAAGAAAACCCUUUCUUGUGCGCUAAUAACUCUCCUUCCGAAAGCGCCCCUUCCACCAAUUGCCCGAUUGAAUCUCCCCCUUCUUCCUCACCUCUAUCGAUCACCACUAUCUACUCUCUGAUCCUGAGUCCAACCAAAGAUCUGUGUAAGCAAAUCUAUCGUCAAGCAUUGCGAUUAAGCACCGGACAACAUAUGCAAAUCGGCAUGAUCACCUCUUCCCUGAAAUUCAUCAAACCGAAGAUCAACCAUUAUGACGUUCUUAUUGCGACUCCUUUUAUCGCUGUUUCUAUGUACCAAAAAUACAACCUUCCUUUUUCCAGCGUCCGUUUUUUAGUUUUGGACGAAAUUGAUUCCCUCUUGUCGGACGACUUUGUCUCCGCUACUGACUCUGUCCUCUCUUUCUGCGACUAUGCACACAAAGUGACCGCCAUGUUUUCUGCUACGCUGAAUUUUUCAGUUGAAUUUCUUGCUAAAUCAAUUCUCAAAGACCACGUUAAAAUCGUCGUCGGCCACGCAAAUACGCCCGCCUCUCACGUCAAUCAAUACCUUAAAUACACCGGCAGCGAAGACGGCAAGCUCCUCGCCAUCAACGACAUGUUUGUUUCUGGCCAAAAGCCCCCCAUUCUCAUUUUCAUGCAGUCCAAACACAGAGCCCAACAACUUACUCAUCUCCUAUCCACCCUGUCCGUUUCCGUCGACUACAUUACCGGAGACCGUACCGAAAUUGAAAGGCAGACCAUCCUCGAAAAGUUCAGGAGAGCGGAAUUAUCCGUUCUAGUUACAACAGAUUUGCUAGCUCGCGGCUUGGAUUUUAGAACCGUAUCCACCGUCAUCAACUAUGACAUGCCUACAUCAACCACUAUGUACAUUCAUCGAAUCGGGAGAACCGGUCGCGUUGGCGGCCUCUCUGGAACUUCGUGGACACUCUUUACUGACGCCGAUAUUCCCUACAUAAAACCCAUAGUCAAUGUCAUGGCCCAGUCUGGUCAACUCUCUAACAUUCCUGCUUGGCUUCUGCGUUUGAAUAAUCCCAGUAAACGCGUUAAAGCUCAGUUGUCUCAUUCCGUUGUCAACCGCGACGACGUUAUCCCCCAACCAAAAACCACCCCAAUCAAUCCAGGUAAAUUCGACACCUUUAGAAAAAAAGGACUCAUUGAUUACCGCUCGAAAAAACGCGGUUCGGAGCGUCCACACAAAGCGCGCGUUUCAAAAAAGAAGAAAACGAACAACACAAGCAAUGCGUAGUUUAGCUCGCUUGACCCGCCAUUCUACUUUGUGCCUCUCGUGCUCACUUCAGCUACGCCACAUCUCUCUAGCCAAUCCCCUACAGAGGAACUGUAUUUAUGCAUAGGCUUCCGUCUGUCUUGGUUGAUACGGUUACUAGGUUACACAAAACUGAAUGUUGCCGUUAAAUAGAAAAACUCAAAGUCCUGCAAUUUACAUCGGUAAUUUAUUUGGCGCUGAACGAGGUUAUUUGCGUCUUUGGUUUCAUGAAAAUGCAGGCGGAAACUAGACCUAACCAAUAAAACGCUGCGUUUUUAACA